AUGGGUAGCUGGAGGAUAUUUCGCCAUGUUCCGUCGGAGAAUCCAGAAGGGACGAGUGAGCGGUCUGCGGAGGAGAAGGCCCUCGUCAGGCGUCUUGAUAUGUUCUUAUUGACAUUCGGCUGUUUAUCUCAGGUUAUUAAAUAUCUUGACCAGCAAAAUAUUAAUAAUGCCUACGUAUCAGGCAUGAUGGAAGAUCUCAAUCUCCAUGGGAAUGAGUUGAAUUUAUUUACAACAUACUUCAAUGCAGCUUACUGCGUGAUGCUCAUUCCAUCACAAAUAAUCUUAACAUAUGUCCGACCAAGCUUCUGGCUACCCGGCCUAGAAAUACUCUGGGGUCUAUUCACCGGCCUAAUCGCCAUGGCCACAAGCGCAAAGCAAAUCUACGUCCUCCGAGUCUUCCUCGGUCUAUGCGAGAGCAGCGCCUGGCCCGGCAUGAUGACUCUACUCAUGUACUGGUACACGCCCACCGAGCUAGCCAAGCGGAUGGGCUUCUACCAAUCCUGCCAAGCAGUCGGACAAAUGAUGUCCGGCGCCCUCCAAGCCGCGAUAACAGACACCCUCAACGGCGCCGGCGGCCUCGCCGGCUGGCGCUGGCUCUUCGUAAUCAACUCCAUAAUAACAGUGACCUGGGGCUUCUUCGGCUUCUUCAUGAUCCCAGACCUCCCCAACAAGCCCAACCCGCGCGCCUUCUGGUUCCAAAAACCGCACGCCGACCUCUCCCUCGCCCGCCUAUCUCGGCACGGCCGCGCCUCGCCCAAGAAAAUGACCUGGGCCGGCGCCCGGCGCGCCUUCUCGGGCUGGGUCAUCUACUUCAUCGCGGUGCUGUACAUCGCCACCGUGCUCGGCACAUACGGCUACGUGUACUUCUCGCUCUUCCUGAAGUCGCUCAAGAACGCGGACGGUAGUCCGCGGUGGACGGUCACGGAGGUCAACGCCAUUCCUAUCGGGGGCUCGGCGAUCAAUGUUGUGUUCGUGUGGAUUUGGGCUUUGCUUUCGGAUUGGCUGCGCACGCGCUGGACGCUUAUUGUCGUGCAGGCGGUUAUUGGGAUUGUGCCGUGUGUUGUUAUGAGCGCUUGGACGGCGCGGCCGGAGGCUGUGCCGCUGGUUGCGGCUUAUGCGGCGUAUUUUAUUUCGUAUGUUUGUUUGGGCACUGCGCCGCUUAUUUUUGCUUGGUUGUCGGAUCUUAUACCGCAGGAUCCGGAGGCGAGGACGCUGAUUGUGGGCGUUUCGGUUGCGGGGUAUUAUGCUAUUUCGGCUUGGUCUCAGGUUUUGGCUUGGCCGGCUUCGCAGGCGCCGUAUUAUAAGUAUGGGUGGCAGUCUGCGCUUGCGUUGCUGGUUCUUGUUAUUGUUAUGACGUGUUUGUUGCGCUUUGUUGAUGUUAGAUAUCUUCUUCCGAAGCGUGCGGCUUUUUAUGAUACGUUGGAAGUGCAGGGGGUGGUUGUUCAAGAUGGUGUUCAGGGACCCUCGACUGGGGACCAUGAAGAAGGACAAUUGUCAGAUGCUGAUCGAAAGACAGCAAGGACUACAGCUUUGGUCGAGACUUAG